GGGGCCUGCGGUGAUGGAGGCGCGGGACAUGAACCUGCCUCGGGGACCCGACCACCUGUGCUUCGACAAGGACGAGUUCAUGAAGCCAAACUUUGAUGUUGAUCACUUUGUGUCUGAAUGCAGAAAACGCGUUCAGCUGGAAGAGCUCCGGGAUGACCUUGAGCUGUACUACAAACUUCUUAAAACUGCCAUGAUAGAGCUCAUAAAUAAGGAUUAUGCCGACUUUGUUAAUCUUUCCACCAAUCUGGUUGGCAUGGAUAAAGCCCUUAAUCAGCUUUCGGUGCCUUUGGGACAGCUGCGAGAGGAAGUCAUGAGUCUUAAAUCAUGUGUCAGUGAAGGAAUCCAAGCAAUUGAUGAGCGUGUGUCUAAGCAAGAAGAUAUCAGAAGAAAAAAGAUGUGUGUACUGAGACUUAUUCAAGUCAUCACAUCCGUUGAGAAAAUUGAGAAAAUUCUGCACUCCCAAAACUCUAAAGAAAUGUCAUCACUAGAAGGAAACAGCCCUCUUCUCACUGGGCAGAUUUUAGAAAGAAUUGCCACGGAAUUCAACCAGCUACAGUUUCAUGCAGUACAGAGCAAAGGAAUGCCCCUGUUAGAUAAACUGAGACCACGGAUAGCUGGGAUAACAGCUAUGUUGCAGCAGUCUCUGGAAGGGCUGCUCUUAGAAGGCCUUCAGAGUUCCAACGUUGACAUAGUACGCCACUGUUUGCGGACCUAUGCGACAAUAGACAAAACCCGGGAUGCUGAAGCAUUAGUUGGCCAGGUGCUGGUGAAACCCUACAUAGAUGAGGUGAUUGUGGAACAGUAUGUUCAGUCUCAUCCUAACGGCCUUCAAACAAUGUACAAUAAAUUGCUAGAGUUUGUUCCUCUCCAUUGCCGUCUCUUGCGCGAAGUAACAGGGGGAGGUGUCUCAAGUGAAAAGGGGAAUACAGUUCCUGGUUACGAUUUUUUAGUCAAUUCUGUGUGGCCUGAAAUGGUUCGUGGCUUAGAAGGAAAGCUGCCGUCGUUGUUUAAUCCUGGCAACCCAGAUGCGUUUCAUGAGAAAUACACUAAAAGCAUGGAUUUCGUAAGGAAAUUUGAACGGCAGUGUGGCUCACAAGCCAGCGUGAAAAGACUGAGGUCGCAUCCGUCCUACCACAGCUUUAAUGAUAAAUGGAACCUUCCUGUUUAUUUCCAAAUAAGGUUCAGAGAAAUAGGGGGGGGCUUAGAAGCAGCCCUCUCCAACGGGUUAGAAGAGGCUCCAGCUGGAAGUCCUUAUUGCCUCUUGGCGACGCACAUGGCGUGGGCAAGUCUGCAGAAGUGUUGGUCAGAUCAAAUGUUCCUGCCGUUGCUAACACACCGCCUGUGGAAGCUCUCGCUGCAGAUCAUAGCUCGCUACUCUUUUUUUAUCAACGAGCUUUUGCUCAGGCCCGUCUCCAACGAAACGACAAAGGACAGUAAAAAAUCCUUGGCGAGCAUGAGCAGGGAAUCCUCUCUGAACCCAAGCCCGGCUGAGGAUCAAGGACCAGACUCUUCUUCAGAAGCACUGCCUUUAGCUUGCAUAUCCACUGCUCAGCUAGUUCUUGUCGCUGCAGAUCUGGAUAAACUUCAGGAAUGGCUUCCUGAAUUACUGCAAAUUAUCAAACCAAAACUUGAAACAGUUGGCUUUAAGAACAUAGCCUGCAUCUCAGGAGCACUGGAAGACUCGAAGGAGUCAUUACUGGGUUGCUGGCCAACCUUAAACAAUAAGAUUAUACAGGAUUUAAGUGACUCGUGCUUCAAUUGCCUGAAAAGUGCCCUGGAAGUUCCAAGAAUUUACAGAAGAACUAAUAAGGAAGUACCAACUAAGGCAUUGCCUUAUGUUGACAGCGCCCUUAAACCUUUCUACCAGCUGAAGAAUGAGUACAAAGAUACUUUGAAACUGGCUGUGAUUGAUCAGUGGUUUGAAGGAGCCCUCAGUAACAGCACUCAGAAGUACUUUGAGACUAUAUCAGAUAUUCUGAAUUCUGUAAAGAAAAUGGAAGAAAGUUUGAAAAGGCUGAAGCAGGCUAGGAAGACUGUGACCAUGAACAGUCCCUCUCCCAAUGGAGGCAUGAGUGACGAUAGCAAAAUCCGUUUGCAGUUGGCCUUGGACGUAGAGUACUAUGGAGUUCAGAUGCAGAAGAUGGGAUUGCAGUUGAGCAACAUCAGAAGUUUUUCGGCUCUUUUGGAGCUUGUUCAAGCUGCCAAGGAUCAGAUAUCAGCGGAACAAACGUAACACCGUUUCCAGAAGUGUUAUGAGAGCCAUUC